UGAUGAUUAUGUUAUUGAUCGUUAAAAUACAUGUACAGUUGUACACCAUUCAGCUUUAUUAGGUAAAGCGUUUUAAGAUAUUAUAGUCAUGCCUGUUGAGGAUAACCCGAGCCAUCCCACACGCGUCAUACCCCCACAACCAACUAUCGCCAAACCUGGACAUCUUUCCAAAGAACAAGUAGAGCAGUUCUUCAAAGAAGGUUAUGUGAUAGUCAAAGAUUACUUCACCCAUGAAGAAUUGAAACCAAGUCAGGAUGCAAUAGCUGGAAUGGUUGAUGAACUUGCGCAGAAAUUGUACAAAGCUGGAAAAAUUAAAAAUUUGCACGAGAACGAGGGUUUAUUCCAAAGAUUGACCAAAUUGGACGAGGAAUGGCCAGGGGCGUUUGUUCUCUUCUUCAAGAUGGGAAAGUUCCACCAGAGUUUUGGUACAUUGUGGACUAAUGAACGGAUUCUUAACAUGAUGGAGCAGUUGAUAGGGCCGGAAAUCGCAGGGCAUCCUGUGUGGAAUCUCCGACCCAAAGUUCCUAAUAAUGAGGGAACGGUCGUCCCGUGGCAUCAAGACGCAGGAUACUUUAGUGCAGACUCAUACGAACAUCUAGUAGUGACUGCGUGGAUUCCAUUCCUUAACACACAUGCUAACAAUGGUGGAAUGCAGGUAGUGAAGGGUGUCCAUGGGCGAGGCUGUGCAAGACAUACCUGUGCUCCAGGUGAUACAUGGUACAUCGAUCUUUCAGAAGAUGACAUCAGAAACACAUUGGGUGCUGACCUAAAGAAUGAUAUUAUCACAUGUGACGUACCAUAUGGAGGAUUCUUGCUUUUCAACCAACUCACGCCACACAGAAGUCUUCCAAAUAUUUCAAAUGACGUACGUUGGAGUAUGGAUUUGAGGUGGCAGUCACCCAAUGAUAUUUAUGGUUUCUAUGAUAUCCAAGAUGGUAUUCUCUUCCGCGAUCCAAAACAGCCAAAUCUUCAACCAGAUUGGGAAAAGUUUCUCUCUGUAAAUAGGAAGGAAGUCUGGCAAAAGAAAUUUUACAAAGAGACUCCGAGCAAGACUGACGAAUUCAACACAAUUGUAACUGGGCCUUGGCUAGGUCGCUGGGAUAUAACCCAUUCCAACAAACACACGGAUGCUUUCCAACAUCUCGCUAAAUGAACAAUUGUUAGAUGUCCAGAACGCAAUACCUUCGUAUGAUUACAAAUAAAGAAUACUAAAUUGAAAUUAAAUGUUUGGAAUGGUGCAGUAUUGCUCCAUAAUUUAAAGGGGUAACAACGACUAGGAACAUGAAUCACAGCUUACAACAUUCCAUGU